AGAAAGAGUAGGAAGAAGUGGGAGGAGGGAGGGUGACAGACACAGAUUAAAAAGAGGGUGGAAGAGGAACAACUGACAGGCUCAAGAGCAAAGAACAGUGGGCAGUUGGAGAAGAGGCAGCCAGAGCGGGGAGAAGCCAACGGAAGUUCCAGGGAGGAGGAACAGACACAGCAGUUUUGGCAUCUGUCUCCUGGCUGAGCCACGAUGGGCGACUGGAGCUUCCUGGGAGAGUUCCUGGAGGAAGUGCACAAGCAUUCCACGGUGAUUGGCAAGGUCUGGCUCACUGUCCUCUUCAUAUUCCGCAUGCUCGUGCUGGGCACGGCUGCUGAGUCUUCCUGGGGGGAUGAGCAGGCUGACUUCCAGUGUGAUACAAUACAGCCCGGCUGCGAGAAUGUCUGCUAUGACCAAGCCUUCCCCAUCUCCCACAUCCGCUACUGGGUGCUGCAGAUCAUCUUCGUGUCCACGCCCUCCCUGGUGUACAUGGGCCACGCCAUGCACACAGUGCGCAUGCAGGAGAAACGGAAGCUACGUGAGGCUGAGAAGGCCAAAGAUGUCCAGGGUGCUGGCUCUUACGAGUACCCGGUGGGAAAGGCAGAGCUGUCCUGCUGGGAGGAAGGGAAUGGAAAGAUUGUCCUCCAGGGCACUCUGCUCAACACCUAUGUCUGCAGCAUCCUAAUCCGCACCACCAUGGAGGUGGCCUUCAUUGUGGGCCAGUAUCUCCUCUACGGGAUCUUCCUGAACACCCUGCAUGUCUGCCGUAGGAGUCCCUGUCCCCACCCAGUCAACUGUUAUGUGUCCCGGCCCACGGAGAAGAAUGUCUUCAUUGUUUUCAUGCUGGCUGUGGCUGGACUGUCCCUCUUCCUUAGCCUUGCUGAACUCUACCACUUGGGGUGGAAGAAGAUCAGACAGAGAUUUGCCAAGUCACGACAGGGCAUGGCUGAGUGCCAGCUUCCUGGUCCCUCUGCAGGCAUGGUCCAGAGCUGCACACCACCCCCUGACUUCAACCGGUGCCUGCAGAAUGGCCCCGGGGGAAAAUUCUUCAAUCCCUUCAGUAACAACAUGGCCUCCCAGCAGAACACAGACAACCUGGCCACCGAGCAAGUGCGAGGCCAGGAGCAGAUUCCUGGGGAGGGCUUCAUCCACAUUCACUACGGCCAGAAGCCUGAGGUGCCCAAUGGAGCCUCACCAGGUCACUGCCUCCCCCAUGGCUACCACAGUGACAAGCGUCGUCUUAGCAAGGCUAGCAGCAAGGCCAGGUCAGAUGACCUAUCAGUGUGACCCUUCAGCACUGGAAGCUCAGAGAGGGAAAGUGUGUCCCCUCUGACCCCAUGCUUUCUCAUUGUCAUCACUGCUCUGCUCCUUUUGGGCCCCUGGUCUCAAGAGCAUUGCUCAUUAAUUCCAGAUAGUAUAAUGAGGGCUCUUUGAGUAAGUCAGAGACAUGGCUACCCACUCAGGCUGCUGUCCCCUCCCCAUCCUCUACCCAGUGUACGCAGUGAAGCCUUUCAGAUUACUCAUUGAAUAGGGUAGAGUAAGGGAAGGGAACCAUGGUAAAACCAGGGAGCCUGGAAGAGAGAGCCAGAGGGAUAGAAUGACUCUACAUACCAGCAACAAACCAGAUGGGUUCUCCAAGUUUCUGUCUUCCUUGAUCUGAUCACCGUCCCUCCCCCGAGGAAGAGCCCCAGAUUCCCAGCCUAUAGAGAGCACAAAUCAAGGAACUUGCAUUAGAUGUGGUCUUGAAUUGGUUGUCUGUAUGGGCUGUUCCUUGGAAUGGUGGUGAUGUGGCCCCAGGCUGCCCUUGACUGCCCCUUCCUCUGCUCAUUCUGAAAAAGGAAUCUUGACCAACAGCCUCCACUUUACAAGUGCCUUGGUAUGCACCUCUGGCAAAUGUCUCACCUUGGUAAUAUUGUAGCCUUUUCUUCUGCCAGGGUGUACACCCAGUCCAUGGAGAUGUCAGCUCCUCUAGGGAGUCACUGUACACACAGACUUCAGUGGAAUUCCUGCCACCACCUGUCAUCCUGUGCCUCCUUUACAGUUCAAUCUGAUGAUAGAAACCAUCCCUUCCCUUCCUCCCUUGGCUGUACACCCAAUGCUCCUCUAAAGACCUUAUCUACAGGAAUGCCCAAGAAGCCGUCGUCCUCUCUCAGAUCCUGACCAGAUCACCAGCCACUGAGGCCAGCGGAAUUUCCCCUGGUCUUAUUAAGACAGGGAGGGCAUUGUGCUUCUCAGGUUCCCCUUGGGAAAAAUAAUUCUGCUGUGAAGAUGAAAAUAAAAAAGGAGAGAAAACACUGGAAAACUAUUUUCCCCUCCUAUUUAUUUCCCUUGCUGACUGCCAACUUAAGAGUGCCAAGAGGAGGUGUGAUGACAGCUAUGGAGCCCCCAGAUCUCUCUUUCUUUGGAGGCUGUAGCAGGGGCAUGAAAUAUUAGGGGAAUCUCCAGCUCUCUUGGCAGGCCCUUAUUUAAAGAACACAGAGAUUCCUAUGUCUCCCUGAUGCCUCCAAUAAGACUGCCAAGUAGGGGCUUCAGAAAACCCCUGCCUUCCCCAGGGACUGGCCUGGUUUCCCUAUUCACUGGAUCUACAAUGGGUGGCUGCCAUUUUGGAUGAAGGUAAAGGAUGCUCAGAAUUGGAUACUGAGACAGAGAGAUGAUUACUUUUUAAAAAAUGCAUGCAUGCGUGUAUGUGUGUGUGUGUGUGUGUGUGUGUGUGUGUGUGUGUUGAUAGGAUGGGUGAAGGAGAGGAGAGUCCUGAAAUCAGGACAAGAACCACAGAGAAACUAUGUCUUCUUGCCCUCCUCUCCUGUUGCCUGGCAGAGGGGCUGAGCCUUACUGUCUUGGUGUUAUCAGCCUAAAUGGAUAGGCAUGAGGGGUCAGGACAAAAGAGGGUGAAAGCCCAGAAGGAGCCUCAGCCUGUUCCCCACCUGCCCAUCUUGGAGCCCCUCUGCUGAUAUUUUGAUGUCAUUGGUGGGUGGAACGUAGGAUGAGAGUAGAUAAGUGGAGGAAAGUGACUGGGAUCCCAUUUAGGGAAGAACUACUGGUCAUCUCAGAUCCCUGGGUGGGGUGGAGGAGAUAACUUUUACCUAUUGGUUGGCACUGACAUUAAGAUUCUCUCUCCUUUUAUCUCUGAAAUGUUUUUGUUUAUGAAAUGAGUGUUUUUGAAUCAGAAAUUCUAUGAAAGCAAUCCUUGAUGGUGAGGCUUUCAGGAAGGAAAAAGCAAGUAAUACGUGUAAUUUGUCUUAAUAAAAUCUGUCCCUACAUCUA